AAUGAACUUUAACCCCAUGAACAGCUUCAUUGUUGUGAUUCUGGUAGACAAGCGCUUCUCUUACACAUUUAGACUGAACAGAGAUAGCCAGUACGAUAGAAACAAUAGUAUGACUUAUUGCGGUCAAAGCUUGGUUAUUAAUAUUAGGAUUUUUUAAGGUGUCAACACAGUUUUUGUGGGCUACAAAUGACGAAAUGUCUUUAGGGGUAGAUAGCUGGCUGACGCGUUAGCAACCACAGCAACCUGAUGAUGGGGAAUGCUGCUUAGCCACAACGACUUUCAACGCCACCGACUUCACGCAAUAUUGUCCAUCACUAGCGUCGUAUGCCCGCUAUGUCAGUCUAAAACAUAGCUUACGCUUGUUACUUAGGGAAGCUUUCGCUGACGGUCUGAAAAUUUGGAAUAUUGCACGGAAGGCCACCUGAAGCCGCCAUUACAAUAUUCCAAUGGGUGAAGAAAAGCCAGACACUUUGGACUUCGUAAAGGAUUUCCAGGAAUAUCUCAGCCAGCAAACUCAACAUGUAAAUAUGAUAUCAGGAUCUGUCAGUGGUGUCAAAGAAGCAGACGAUCUUCCAGCAGACUGCAGUCAGAAUGGUCUGGACCAUCCAUCUGUGGACAUGGCACUGGAGGAUGGUUCAGGCCUACUGGUAGACGGCUUUGAGCGGACCUACGAUGGCAAACUCAAGUGUCGCUACUGUAACUACGCUACCAGAGGCACAGCCCGGCUCAUCGAACACAUCCGCAUUCACACCGGAGAGAAACCUCACCGAUGCCACCUGUGCCCGUUUGCCUCGGCCUAUGAGCGCCACCUGGAGGCCCACAUGCGCUCCCACACGGGGGAGAAGCCCUACAAGUGCGAGCUGUGCUCCUUCCGCUGCAGCGACCGCAGCAACCUGUCCCACCACCGCCGCCGCCGUCACAAGCUGCUGCCCAUGAAGGGCGCCCGCUCACUCUCCCACAAGAAGAUGCUGAGCGUGCUCCAGAAGAAGACCGGCCUGGGCUACGGUCGCAGGCUCCUCAUCAACUUCAGCCCCCCUUCCAUGGUUGUGCACAAGGCUGAGAACAUGAACGACUAUUCCCACGAGAUGCCUCGUCUGCGCCAAGAGGCCUACGACGACCAGGGAGGAGAGGGCGGGGAGAGCCGGUCCAGGGACGACUCCCACCAUCAUGACCUUAUCAUGGAAAACCCCCUUAACCAGCUGUCCACCCUGGCCGGCCAGCUGGCCAGUCUACCCUCAGAGACCCACCAGGCCAAGACUCAGACCCCCAUGUCCCCGGGGGCCGAGUCCUGCGUCGACGAGAAGCCUUUCCUCAUCCAGCAGCAUCACCCAGCCACGGCUCCCGCCGCUGUCGCCGUGGCAGCCAGUGCUGCUCACUCCUCCCCCAUCACCCCAGAGCCCAGGCCUACUCCUCACAGCAACUGCAGCCCGGGGAUGGGCCCCUGCAGCGAGCACAGUGGACGCACAAGCACCCCCAGCGUCACCAACAGCCAGCCCAGUACCCCGGCCCCGGGCCUGACCUCCCUGCAACAGGACCCCCAGAUGCUGCACCACUGCCAGCACUGUGACAUCUACUUCCCCGACAACAUCCUCUACACCAUCCACAUGGGUUGCCACGGUUAUGAGAACCCCUUCCAGUGCAACAUCUGUGGUCACAGAUGUAGGAGCAAGUAUGACUUUGCUUGCCACUUUGCACGGGGUCAGCAUAAGCAGUGAUUGGCCGGGGUCAGCAUAAGCAGUGAUUGGCCAGGGCCAGCAUAAGCAAUGAUUGGCCAGGGACUGCUAAAAAGAUGGAAGAGCUUGGUUUUUAUUUGAUUCCAUAAUGGGGAUUUUUGUAUUUAUUUAUUGCUUUUAAACUUUAUGAAAUUGGCCUUGAUGUAGCCUAGCCUUUACACGUUUUGUGGACGGACAUUUUCUAAGACUGACUUAACAUUUGUAGAUUUCAAAAUGUAUUUUUGUGUACAUUUUAGAGUUCCCAUGCUAUGUAUUUAUUAUUUUAUAGCGAUUAAGUGUAAUAGAGAUUUAAGAUCUCACAUAAAUCAGUCAAUCAUCACCAUUCCAUAAGUUCUUUGUCACCACUGCAAAGAUUGUAUUAUUAUAUUUGUGAUGUGAUUGCACUUAAAAAUUUUCGUAAUUUCAUAGUGCAUAGAGGGCACUUUUCAUUCAAAUUUCCAACAGUGCCUCAGAUAGAAUCUGGUUUGGAUAAUUUAUUCAAGGAUAUAAAAGGACAUUAUCAGACAGAGUACCAUGUCACUUUUAUAAAGUCAAUUUAUCUUUAUAAAAAAAAAGUGUAUUUCUUUUUAUAGAGGAGUAACUGUUGAUUUGCAAAGGUCCCAUACACAGUGCCCUCUGCAGAACCUUAGCAAGGAGGCCCACCUGUGGCUGUUACUGAGGGGAAGAGAGCUGCCUUCAUAUCAUAUCAUCAUCACAAGUUAGCCUAACGUGUCAGAAAGAGAUCAGAUCUUCUGUUCAGAAUUGCCAAGUAGCACCAGAGAUGCCAUGUUUUAGCCUGACGUUAAUCACCUUGAAUUGCCUCAGUCGUGCCGUAGUAUCAAGGCAGUGCAUUACACUACCUGGUUCUCAAUUCUUUACUGGAUAUUUACUGAGUGUUGUAUUCUGAGUGGUCAGGUGUUGUAUCCAUAAAGGUGGACAUAUGCUGAAGGUGAAAUAACCUACCUUAGCAGGAUUGUUUUUUGUGUUGGAUGCUGUCAUGUUUGUUGCCUGGCAACAAUGAGAACAUAGCAACUGUUUCUGUCAUCAUGCUUAGAUUAAAAACGAUGUCUGAUGAUGAGUUUGUUGUCGUAGGUUUAUAGACUUGCUUGGUGAAUGUUUUAAGCGUUUUGGCGAUCACUUUCUAUCCUACGGGAUGACAAUUAUGUGAAGAAAAAAAUAAUCCUAAUAAAGUGUUU